AUGUUUGUGAGGGGGCCGGAGUUUAAGAUCUUUUACAUAAAAGAAGUUUCAUAAUCACAAGCUGUGAAAAGGGAGAGAAUGUCUACCUCCCAUAGGUACUUUUACCAUGAAUUUCCUGACCUUGAUUUGAUUAAAACCUCAACCUAAAGAUUGCAACAAUUUAGAUGUCUUUAGAGUUUAAUUGUUCAUUUCACUUUGAAAAACAAAAAAAGACUCAAGGUGGGGCAAGAAGGGUGGCAGAACGGAAGGAGAAGCUAAGGACUGAGUUGCUUUGCAGAGCAGUGUUUGAAAGUGAACAGCCAAUUUAACAAGAAGCAAAACCACAAAGACUCUGCUCACUUUGUUUCACAGAAUCAUUCAGGCUCUUCCUACUGUCUUCUCCCUGGUGUUCUCCUCUUUAAUUCUCAGAUGCUGCUGGGGUAGAUAACCUGAUCCAUCUCUGAGGAAUUCAGGGGAGAAAAGAAGCCUUCUGCUUGAGCAGUUCUUCUGUCACUGAUACACAGGGUAAUGAAGACAUCGCCAGCCAUGUGUAGAAUUGGGAAAUUAUUUGGGAUCCUUUUCCUAAUCCCACAUCUGGGCUUCUGGAGCAUCCAUGGGGAGGAGUCAUGUAAAGAACAACUUUCCGUGAAGAGACAUUCAGCAUACCAUGCCCCGGCAGGAAGUUCCUUUAAAAUGGAAUGCCCUGUCAAAUACUGUGCUAAGAGACCCAAUAUGACUUGGUGCAAAUUCAAUGGAACACAGUGUUUCCAACUUGGAGAUAGACUUCAGCCACACACAAGUUGGGAAGAAAGGCAGAAUAUUUCAGUAUUUUUUCUACAUUUUGAACCAGUGCUUCCUAGCGACAAUGGCUCAUAUAGCUGUCAUGCGUAUUUUCAGUCUUUUGUCUCUCCAAGUCAUUCAAUAACCCUUUAUGUGACAGAACAGACCAGAAAUAAUUCAGAACCUCAAAUAACACUGACUAACAUUCCAGAUGCACCAACUGCCUCAGGACCACCCUCCAAGGAAGAGGUGGCAGACAAGCCGUGGCUCCUCUACAGUCUGCUUCCUGUGGGAGGAUUGUCUCUCCUCAUCAUUGCCUGUUUCUGCUUGUUCUGCUACCUAAAAAGGCAUCAAGGGAAACAAAAGAAGCCUUCUGAUAUAGAAGGAAGGGAAAUUAACCUGGUGGAUGUCUCUCAGCCCUUGAGGAGUGAACAAGCUGACGUGAGCAUCAGAGAAAAUUCCCAAACUCUGCCAUCCCAAACUCAAAUUUACGAUAACGACUCCUUGUUCAGGAUAAGAGAAGGCUCUGAAGUUUAUUCUAACCCAUCCCUGGAUGAAAACAAACAGGGCAUCGUUUAUGCUUCCCUGAAUCAUUCUAUCAUUGGUAUGAACCUAAGACAAGCAAGACCAGUGCAAGAAGCACCAACAGAAUAUGCUUCAGUAUGUGUGCGGAGUCAAAGCCGGUCCUGAUACCAACCAGCCAAAUGAUGGGCCUGUCACCUCGUCUGGCCCCAAGAAUUUGCCAAAUAUUCAUCAACUUGGGAAAUUUCACUUCAAGGUGGUUUAUGGUGGUGCUUGUGUCUUAAUGGUCCAUAGAACAUAUGAUCAGAAUUCCUCCUGAUAACUUCUUUGGGAGAAUUUUAUAUUAUAGCCUUGAACAACAAAAUCUUCUCUCCAAAACUGUUUCAUAUUGUUAAUAGCACAAUAGUAGAACAUUUAAACUCAGCUAUAUUUUACCCAAUAUAUAUACUCAAUAUUUCCUUUGAGGCUAUCAGAGAGACUUGUGGAGAAGAGAGGUUUGUAUUAUCUGGAUCAAUUCACUACACACUCUUGAAAAGGAAAGAAUGUGCUAAUUUGAGUAACUAUAAAUAUAGUCACUGUGUGUUACCAGUCAAUAUUCUGUAAUUAGAAAUUUUUAUUUGUCAAUCUAAAGCUAUUGUUUCUUACAUAUAAAGGAGAAAUAAAAUUUUAGACUUGACAUAA